UGAAUGUGUUGACUCAGCCAUGAACAUGCCCUACCAGCACGACCUCCUCCAUUUACACCUUAUCCUAUGGUAGUCUCAUAUCAUGCACCUCCAACCCCCCUGGUUCCCACUCCUCUUAAAUCCAUCCAUACAGGAGCAUUACUGAAACGUUUACCCUUUUUCCUUUUUGGUAUUCACCAUGUCAUACUAGUCUAGAACUAGAAGGCAAACUUCCAAAAACCAAAUCCCUCAAAUCAACCAACAUUCCCACAUUCCAACCAUGAUUUCCUCCCAGUACCACUCAAUUCCUCUUUCCCUUCUUCUUCCCUCAACCCUCUUCAUCCUAAUCCUCUCCACUUCCUCUGCUUUCACCAUCAAAGAAGCCACAAUACAAGACCUCCAAUUAGCUUUCAAACACAACUCACUAACCUCAAGAAAGCUAGUUCAGUUCUACCUCCAUGAGAUUCACAAGCUUAACCCUCUCCUCCGAGGUGUUAUCGAGGUUAACCCUGAUGCUUUGGGUGAGGCUUAUAAGGCCGACGAAGAAAGGAAGGCGACAUUGAAAGGAGGGUUACCGGAGUUGCCGGCGCUGCACGGGAUUCCGGUACUGCUCAAGGACAAUAUAGCUAGUAAGGACAAGCUCAACACGACGGCCGGGUCGUAUGCGCUGCUGGGAUCGGUGGUUCCACGCGAUGCUGGUGUUGUGAGGAAGCUGAGGAAGUCUGGAGCAAUCAUUUUGGGAAAGGCUAGCCUUACUGAGUGGGCUAAUUUCCGCUCGAUUGGAAUGCCUAGCGGGUGGAGCGCUAGAGGCGGCCAAGGACAGAAUCCCUAUGUUCUAUCAGCCGGCCCAUGUGGCUCAAGCAGUGGAUCUGCUAUAUCAGUGGCAGCAAAUAUGGUGGCAGUAUCAUUAGGGACAGAGACAGAUGGUUCAAUCCUUUGUCCAUCCAGUUUUAAUUCAGUAGUCGGAAUCAAGCCCACUGUUGGACUCACUAGCCGGGCUGGGGUUGUCCCAAUCACUCCAAGACAAGACACUGUUGGACCAAUCUGCCGCACAGUUUCGGAUGCAGUAUAUGUAUUAGAUGCAAUUGUGGGAUUUGACCCAAAUGAUGCUGAAGCAACCAAAGAUGCAUCAAAGUUCAUUCCUCAUGGUGGCUACAAACAGUUUUUGAAUGCAAGCAGGCUUAAAGGGAAGAGACUGGGAAUAGUGAGGAAUCCAUUCUUUAGCUUCUCCAAUGGCUCAGUCAUUGCUGAAACUUUCGAGAAUCAUUUUCACAUUUUAAGCCAAAGAGGUGCUACUUUGGUAGACAAUUUGAAAAUAACCAACAUCGACAUGAUAUUCACUAAUAGUGGAGAAGACACUGCAACGUCUGCUGAGUUCAAGCUAGCCUUAAAUUCCUACCUAAAAGAGCUGGUUGCUUCUCCAGUCAGAUCUUUGGCUCAAGUUAUAGCCUUCAACAGGAAAUUCUCAGAUCUGGAAAUGAUCAAAGAAUAUGGACAAGACGUCUUUUUGAAAUCUGAGAAAACGAAUGGUAUAGGCAAGGCAGAAAAAGCAGCGUUGUUCAAUAUGAAAAGAUUGACAAGAGAUGGGUUUGAGAAACUAAUGAAGAAGAAUAAAUUGGAUGCUUUGGUAGCACCAAACAGUGGAAUUGCUGUUGUUCUUGCAAUUGGGGGAUUUCCAGGAAUUAGUGUUCCGGCUGGAUAUGAUCAGAAAGGUGUGCCUUAUGGCAUUUUCUUUGGAGGGUUGAAGGGUUCAGAGCCAAAGUUGAUUGAGAUUGCUUAUGCAUUUGAGCAAGCUACCAAGGUCAGGAAACCACCCAUACACCAAACCAUGCCAUCUCACUAGAUUCUGUUUCUUUUUAUGAACUACAAAUUAGCAUACUAAGCGAAAGAAUAACUGCCGAUCAGCUAAGUGGGAUGGUGGUAGUCAGUGAUCCCAUCCCUCUAUAUGGAAGCAAACAAUCUGAAUCGUUCAUUGCAAUACAAAUCUCAUAAGUAUAUAAUAUGAAACAAUUUCAUCUUUUCUA